GUAACACCCAGAUCGUUUGGUCGGUAUGGAUUUUUUCGCGCCGGCGCGAAACGUGUUUGCUUCCAAGUUCACCGUGUUUUUACAAUAAAUCGAAUUUUGAUAAUGUUCCUAUCCUUAAUCCAUGGUUAUCUAUAAGCACGUGAAACGCUUAAUUUAAACACCGUAUAAGAAGAUGUCCAAGCAAAAUUAAAAUAAGAAUUAAAUAGAAAUAUAUUUUAAGAAUGGUCGCGGUCUAAAUCAGUUCUGAAAUUUGCUGUAGUGCUGUAGUGCGUUUGACAAAAAAUGGGUUCUAUCGUAUUAAAAAGUUUAUCCAUCUUAUUAGGAGUGUUUUUUAUAUUUGUCGGAAUUACUAAACUGACCCCAUUUAUAUCAAAAGAACUUCACAAAGAUUUGAGAAAAGAAUACGUCAGAUACGCCAAAGUAUUUCCGUUGACUGAAACACUAGAUUUCAAAUUGCCAUCUAAAUGGUACAGAAGAACUGUAGGAGGACUCGAAAUAUUAUUUGGGUUGGCCCUGGCACUCAUACCAAGCCAUAAAGUCAAGAACACAGCGAAUGUGGGCCUCGUAUUGUUGAUGAUAUUAGCGGCCUAUUCGCAUGUCAUGGUGGGCGACCCCUUCGACCGCUGCGCUCCGGCCCUGGUCUUUUUCUUUAUGCUUAGCGGAAGACUAGUUGUUUGGUAUCAAAUAAGUCGCCGUGAAGAAAUGGAGAGAGCUACUGCCACACAGAACGGCAAUGGCCUCAAGAGAGAAUAAACAUGUGAAUAAGAAUACUUACAUGUUACAUUCAAGAAUACGCGACGAUUUUGUUUUUAAUGCGUCGGUUUUGGGAACUUAUGUUCUCUCUGGAUGCGUGGAGAAGACAUUAAUUUAUUAAAUAGUAUCCUGGAAGAAACUAUUGCUCUUUGGGUAAUUCAUAAAUCACACUGUGAUUGUGCUAGUCAAAAAUUUCAACAAUUAGUUGUUUUAAUACAUCAGCUUUUAGUUUAACUUUUAUAGUGUAGUAAGAUUUGAUUAUCUGGUAAUGACAAAAAAAAUGGAUACAUUUUAAUUUUUAUUUAUUUCUCUAGGUAAAUCGCCUUGAGAUAAUGACAUAUGUAAUUUGUACCUAAAAGUGAUAUUAAUUUAAGCGAUACAUGCUAGGUUCAUUAUGUAUAUGUGAGUAAUGUGUAUAUGUGUGUCACGUUUGUAGUACCAUAAUAAUAACUGCCACUGCAUAUUUAUAGGCUUAAAAAUAUUUAAUGCACUUGUAAUACAUGAUGCAUUAUCUAGUUAAAUGAUUGUUAUUGUUUGCUCAAUCAUAGACAUAAAAAUAAUUCCAAAGCUUUUUAUAGGUAUAUUUUUCUCUAAAUACAAUAAUUACUAGAUACUGCUAAUAUUUUUACCUACUUUUUGAUUAUUUCAGACAUACACUUGAAGCUUCUUAACAUUUUAUGAUUGACAAAGAGGUUUUUUAUUCCCUUUUUGUUUUUAAUUUUUCUUCAAAUCAUUUUAUCGUACUAUUUAAGAAUAUGUGGUGUGUGAUGUGAGUGAAAUAAUGGUCAAUAAAUAUAAUUAAAUAUU